CUCAAAUACACGGAAGUAGAUCAGAACUUGUCAACAAGAGAGGCCGACCGACAUGAUGAAGUCUUCCUGAACAAACCUCCCAAAAAUGGCACUUCUCUGAUGUUUGUUUACCCUUUUUAAAUCUUCAGUUUUUAUAUAACUUCCAACAUUUUAGAGGGGAAGCAUUACCACAAUGACCGUCACGUACAGCCUCUGUUCCCUCCUAGUUUUCACCAUAACAGCAUGCAGCCGUUUUGAGCCCGCCCUCUGCUCAUCUCGCUGUGGCCAUUCCCUCCAAGUCUUAGACAGCAAAGUGGGGGAGAUCAGGAGUUCUGCUUACCACAGCUGGUCCUACCGCUUCGGCUCUACUUAUGACUGCUGGAUCAUCAAGGGUUCGGAAGAGGAACCCAUCGUUCUCAGCUUUUCACAGUUUUCAGCACAGUGUAGGAAGGAAUGGGUGUCUAUAAAAUCAUCAGCUGGCAGUGAGCCGGUCGUCCUCUGUGGCUCCAAGCUGCCGCAACCAAUGGAGUUCCCAGGGGGAAAUAUUACAGUGAUGCACCACUUCCUCCCGCAGCAGUUCCCUGUGUCGUCUUUUCUGUUGAGCUACGCCAGAGACUCUGGUGAAUGCCCAGUAACAUCCUUUGAGUGCCUCGGUGGACGCUGCCUUCCUUUCUCUUGGCGCUGUAAUGGCCGGGUGGAGUGUCUCAAUGAAGGUGCGGGCCUCGGCUCUGACGAACAGGGCUGUGAUGAAGAUUUCGAGACCCCUGAACCCCCAAAGUAUGGCAGCACGCGGGCAGAAGAAGCCAAGGCUGAUGAUGGGGACUCUGAGAGACAUUACGUUGAAGAUUCUGAGUCCGAUAGGUGGGCGCUGCUGAAGGAGAGGGAUGAGGAGGAGGCGCAGUUGGAUCGAGAGCAGCCUCAGACUCGCAGGCAGCCCGUUGUGACGCCCACUCCCAUUGAGUGGCCCUGCGGAGGCCUGCUUCAGAACUUCUAUGGGACCUUCUCCCCUCCAACCAUUCGGGGCCCCGCUCUGUUCUGUGUCUGGACUCUGGACCCUCAGGACUCAAGGCCACUGAGACUGGACCUGCAGCAGCUGGUGCUUGGACCCGGGGACAGACUCACCGUGUACAACAGAGAGCAAGGCAAAGGAGACGUCAUCAAAAUUAUCACCAGCGCCUCCAACUACAAAUCAGUCCAAGUUGAAUCCCACACCGGCCUGCUGUCGAUGACGUACAAGACUCUUCCUGGCUCAGAGGGCAGCGGCUUCAAUGCCACGUUCCACGUCGGGACCUACUGCCCCCCUUGGGAGGGUCGUUGUGGCGGAUCGGCAGGAGGAUGCUUCACCCAGGAGCAACGCUGCGACGGGAAAUGGGACUGUUACGAGACGGGUAAAGACGAGCAGGGUUGCAGGGGCUGCAGUUUUAACCAGUUUGCCUGCGGAGUGGCGGGCCAGAGGGCGGUGCCAUCCAGUCACUUUACUGGCAGACCCGUGUGCUACCCAGUCUCAGAGAGGUGCAACUACCAGCUGUACUGUGCCGAUGGCAGCGACGAGAGGGACUGCACCGUGUGUCAGCCGGGGACCUUUCACUGUGACAUGGACAGGUGUGUGUUUGAGAGCUGGCGCUGCGACGGCCAGGUGGACUGUAAGGACGGAACCGACGAGCUCAACUGCACCGUCAUCCUGCCCCGCAAGGUCAUCACCGCGGCAACAGUGGGCAGCCUCGUCUGUGGGCUUCUGCUGGUUAUCGCCAUGGGCUGCACCUGUAAACUUUACUCGCUCAGGACCAGGGAGUACAGCCUGUUUGCACCGAUCAGCCGCCAGGAAGCGGAGCUGAUCCAGCAGCAGGCUCCUCCCUCCUACGGUCAGCUGAUUGCACAGGGCAUCAUCCCGCCAGUGGAGGACUUCCCCACAGAAAACCCCAAUGAGACAUCGUCUCUUUCUCUGAGGGGAAUUCUCCAGCUCCUCCGUCAGGACGCUGCCAACUCCCCACACCGCAGACGCAGGCCCCGUUUCAUCCGACGGGCAGUCCGCCGCAUGAGGAGGUGGGGCUUAAUCCCCAGACCUCCGUCCAGGCCGAGCCAGGCGUUGAGCCAGCAGCAGUCGGACGCCUCUCCCUCUGGACAGGAACCGGCUCCCACCAGUUCCUCGUCGGCUGUGGAGGCCGUCAACCAGCCGGUGCCUCAGAAACUUGGCUUGUUGGCUCAGUCGGAGCAGCAGCACCACCACCACCACCAGCAGCAGGAAGCACCGCCUCCUCUACCACUGCUGCCCGUCGCUUCCCCUCCUCCGCCUCCGUACGCUCCCCCAGCUCCAAGCCCGGUCACCCCCAACACCCCUCCUGUCGCCGUCCCCCCGAGCAGCCCCUCUCUGGCCUCCAUCUUCCACACGCUGGGCCUGAGUAUCUCCCUCUUCAGAGCCUCGCCCUCCUCCACCAACUCCAUGCCCCUCUCCGCCUCCCCUUCCUUCUCCUUGUCCUCUUCAGAUGACGAGGUGCUGCUUAUCCCUCUGUCUGAAGACACCACCUCAGAGGACGACGUGCCCAUGCUCACCUGAAUG